CUUCAGCAGCCCAUGGUCUGCCCCCUUUUAUCCUUGCAACAUCACUGUGAGGUAGGCAAGGAUGAGAGAUGGUAACUGACUCAAGGUCAGUCAGUAACCUUUAUGUCUGAGCAGAGAUUUGCAUCUGAUUUGUAGUCCCUCUACUGUAUACCACACUAGAUAUCCUGUGCUGCAUAAUGUGGCUCAGAACCGGAGUUGUCAAGGGGAAGAGCUGUAGUUCAGCAUCCACUUUGCAACUCUGGAGAUCCACUGCUGGUCAGUGUAGACAAGUCCUGAGCUAGAUGCACCAUUGACUUGGCAGUAUAAGGCAGCAUCUUAUGUUCCAAGGAGCACGAGCUAAGUGUCCUAUAAAGUGUUACCCAUUAUUUUCUGGGUGGGAGGCGGAGUUAGUCUUGGUACUUUAUCCAUUGUUUUGAGAAAUGCAGUGGUAUGUGUCAAGUUAAUUGUGGCAACCAUGCAAUUAACUAGAAGCUGGAGGGGAUGAAAGGAACUAGGGGAUGAAUUGAAGGUUUCAGAUGUGGGGUGAAAAGAAAGCAGGAUUAUUCACGGGAAAAACAGCAGGAAAUGAGAUCUUUUGAGUUUCUCAGAGGGCAGGUCUACCUAGUUCAGUACACCUGGUGUGCAGGUCACGGAUCUCUUAAUAGCUGACCUGUAGCUUCCUAUGUUCACAUGGUAAAGGAAGGGAGCCAGUGAAGAGAAGCUGGAAGGGAUGUGAGCAUUCUGAAAUGAGAUGCAGAUUAACCAAUGAGCCAUGGGAUGCAAAGUAGGAAUAAGAGGUUGGAGAUGGGCAAAUGAAAGAUCAGAGAGAACUGUCUUACAGUAAUUGAGGUGAGAGAGAAUCAGCUGAAUUAACUUGAUCCCUCAUUUUCAGCAUCUUGGCAUGUUAAUUUGAGUUUGCUAAGCUGCUUAGCACCUAAAGUAUAAGUCAUCCAUCCUCCCCCAUUCAAGGAGCAAUUUGCACUUUUUUAAAAUAAAAAAAAGCCACACCAUAAAACCGACUUAUCCUCCUCCUGUCUUUCCCUGCUGCAGCUGUCGACUCAUGACAGCCCCUGCAAGACAUAAUUAAGGCUCUUCACUCCUGUGCUUUAUUUUAAGCAUCCUUCCACCCUCAGAUGCUCUCCAGGCUUCUUUAUUUCUUCCUUCUUGCAAUCUGUUCUGUAAGAGACAGACCUUUCUUACUGAUUUGGGGGACAAAACAGUCCUUUGCCCCCUGUUUCUUCAAGUAGCAUUUAAAUGCAUGAAGUUUAAGUCCAAUUGAUUUAAAAUCCCUUUUAAAACUACCAUCAUCUUAACUUCAUUAUGAAUUUUAUUCUCUGUUACCACCACCACCAAACACCAGAUUUGUCUUUGAUGGGCUGAUGGAUGUUAGUACAAGAAUAUCAGUGGGCUUUGCCAAAUGGUAUGGGAAGCCUUGUGAUUUACAGGCAACUCCCCAUUUACAUGUUCCAAGGCACCGCGCGCGUAAGUGAAAUUGUGUAUAUUGAGAAAGCCUGAAAACAUCCUCCAAACCUCAGGAAACCCUUGGAAACCUGUUUUUAAAACCAGCAGCACUUACCAGACUCCCUCCAAACCUCCUUUCUCAAACUCCAGCUCUUCACAGACCUCAAAGCUCCAUGCAAAACCUCCUGGGACUGCACUUGAAAAGGCUUGUGGGACUGUUUUCGCACCAUUUUUGCUGUUUUCACACUCUUUGGGGGGCCGUUUCCCCUCUUUAAGUGCUACUUCCAGGUUCGUAACAAGAGUACAGUGUGUAUGCACAGUCACGGGUGACUUGUAUGUGUGUAAACAGGGAGUUGCUUGUACUGUAAUUUGAUUCAUGUGUGCUGGCUAAGCAUGCAAUCCUGACAGUGCUGGACAGAGGCCUAGAACCUGUUUUGUUUUUAUUGACGGGGGCUCAGCCCUGAAGUAUUUGAAAUACCAAUCGUGAUGAACACAGAAUUGGGUCCCACUAAAUUUAGUGGGCCUUAAUCCCAAGUUAAAUCCAUGUCAUUUCCGCUGUGGUCUGAGAUCUUGAAAUAUAGGAAAGGCUGUGGCACAUGCUUUGCAAGCAGAAGGUACUAGGUUCAAUCCACGGCAUCAGCAGGUAGGGCUUGGGAUGUCCCUGCCUGAAGCCUGAGAGCCAUUGAUAGAGCAGACAGAUUGAUCUAGAUGGAUGCAUAAUCUAAGAUGUGAAGGCUCAGAAAAAAGCUUGGGGGAAAUGGAGAAAAACAGGAUUGUUGCAGUUUUUUUGUUGGGCCUUCAUAUCUCUAGUCUGACUAGCAUAAGACACCUUUCUGUGUCCCAUGAAUGCUAGGUAUUUAGACUUAACACAUAUAAACUAGAAUCAAGGAAAUGGGCAAAUUAAAGCCAUAGGAAAUUCCAGACAAAUAGAUAAUAGCGGAGCUUCUACAAAGAAAGGAUUAAAAACUCAUUUCUAUGUUAAUGCUAUAAAAGUACAGGGUUUCCUGUUUAUCACGAAAGUGGCAGAGGCUCACUUGGCUUCCUCCUCCAUAGCUCCAUUUGACAAGCUGAAAGCAUCUCUUACUGAGCUGUCACUACCUCUGCUUCAGCUCCUCCUGUUGGCAAAGUGUCUGUUCUGAAGUUUCUGAUGGAUACCUAAGGACUUAAGGAUGUUAUGCCUCGUGAAGGAAUUGCACCACGGACACCAAACGGAUAAAAAAAGAGGCAAAUGUUUAUUUAAGAGGACAAUAUAUUGUGGCCAAGCAGAAAAGUGUACAUAACAAUAAAUCUAACAUUUAUAUUAUGGUUCCCCCCCCAUGCAGCCUUUUCCUGCUAUUCUGAAGCUUAGCAGAUUGUCCCUUUAAAAAAUCAUUUCUUUUUAUUCCUGUUGGGCUCCUUAGUGCUUAACCUUUUGUACUGUCCUAACUCGAAGACUGUUGCAUCAGUAUUCAAAGAGCCAAGCUACUAAGUCAGUGGGAGCCAACCUCAGCCUGCAGGUGUGAUGUCACAGCUUCGAAUGCCCCGCCUGCCCCAGAUUUAAAACUCAAUAUGGAAAAAGUAGGCUUCCUUUUAACUGGAGAUUGUCUUGGAUUUGUGAAGUUGCUGGUAUUAUGUCUUAUGCAUAGAUGCUGGCCUGCCUUGUAUGUGUUGCAGAGUAAGGCUAAAAGUGUUUUAUGCUGCAAAAAACUGCUCAUGCCAGGGUGGGAAGUGCACGAUGCAUGAACUAUGCUGAAGCUAAGCCACUCCUGAUGUGGUCAGUGCUUGGACAGGAGACACCCUCCCACACAGGUCCAUGAUGGAACUUAAGGCGGGAUAUAAACGUAAUAUACAUACAAAUGACACCCUAUUAUUCUGGAUUGAAUUAUUAACCUUGGCACCACCACCCUUGCCCAGUCCUUGAAAUCGCCUUCUGAGGUCUGUCAGGGCUAAUGUUUAGUGAUCUUCAAAAGGCAACAUAUUUUUAGUAACGUCUAAUGCCAUUUUUAGCAGCUUGUGUGCUUUUUUGUGUUUUUUUAAGCGUUGCCUUCCAGUGUAUUGUUUAUUGAGGUUUCGUUCUUUGCAAACUAACUCUUGGAAUCUUUGUAAGCUGCUCUGAGCUUUGCACCAUAAUGGGAUAGAAAAAAGAAAAGAAAAGAAUGUUCAUUAGUAUAAAAAUAAUACCCAGCAAAGGGAAUGCUACUUUUCCAAUUAUAAAAGCCCGCUUCAACAGUAACUAUUCAAUGCCCACCCUGCUCUUUCCAUCAUUUAUGCCUGGUGCUUAAGUAGGUAGUUAAGGAAACCAGUUCCCGAGCCAUCCUCCCUUUGCAGCCUCCGAGGCGCACUGUGGCACGAGCUUUCCCCCUAGGCGACAGCUUCCCCCUUCCUGAGGCAAGUGACUCAUUUGCUGCUGCAUCAGGCCGCCCACCCAGUUGCCAUGAAGCUCGCUGCGAGGGGGUGGGCAACAAAAGCAGCUGCCGCUCCCAGGUAUCCUCCUGGCUCGCAAGCAAUCCGCGCCCCCGUCCCUCCGCUGCCUUGGCAGGCGCUUCUGGGGAAGAGCAUCAGCCAGGAGGCGCGCGCGCUGGCGCUUUCUUUUGGCAGCCUCUCGCCUUGCAUCUCCGUCUUUGUCCGCAUCCCCAAACCCGCCCCUCCUUCACCUGCCUUUCUCCGCGCAGCAUCUGCUUUAGGGCUUUCUCUCCUUUCUUCCAUCAAGCGUCCGUCUCUGCGAUUGGAUCCACUCCCGGAUUCCCCGCUUCUCUCUCUUUCGUCCACGGCAGGAUCCGCUCCGGGUUUCUACUGAUUCCGACGGCGGGGAAAGGGAAGAUCCAGGCCGGGUCUCGCCUUUCGCUCAGAGCCUGCCCACCGCCCUCCUCCUCCUCCUCCCUCUCGCCCAUCACCACCAUCCCCACCGCUCGGCGCUCCCCGGGGCUGGAUCGUGCCGGGCAGGUUACUCGCCGGGUGCCCGGCCGGGAGGGCUGUGGCCCGCCCGCCCAUCUCUGUGGGGCGCGGGUGGGGGGCGGGGAGGACGACCAUGCACCGAGUCGUCUCCAACCAGCGCUCGGUCUCCUCCUCCUCGGGCUCCUUCCAGGCUCCCCCGCCGCCUCCCCCCGCCGCGGACCUGCAGCCCCUUUUCCUGGGCGGCGGCAUCAGCACCACCAGCAGCUCGAGCGGCGGCACCCGGAGGGGCAGGCGAGGCUCCGUGUCCAGCUCGGCCUCCACCCGCACUCGCAGCAGGAGCAGCAGCAGCAGCGGCGGCGGCCGCAGCAGUGAGGAAGAGGAGGAGGAGGAAGAGGGCGAGGAGGAGGAAGCCAAGCCCCUCGUGCCGGUUCAGGAGCCCGCCUCGCCGCCCGCCCCGCCCGCCGCCUGCGCCUCCCCGGGGUCCAGCAGCACCUCCACGUCGGGCUGCAGCAUGACAGCCGCCGAGCUGUACGGGGCUCCGGCCGCCGGGCCCGGGGCGGCGGCGGCGGCGAGCGCGGCCGCGGGACUGCUGUGGGCGGGGGGCUCGGGCGGGUCUCGCUGGGGCUACAAGGCGCUGUCCCUGGUGCUGCUGCUGGGCCAGGGCGCGCUGCUGGACCUCUACCUGAUCGCCGUCACCGACCUGUAUUGGUGCAGCUGGAUCGCCACCGACCUGGUGCUGGCCGCCGGCUGGAGCAUCUUCUUCUGCCGCAACAGCCGCGCUCGUCGCCGGGAGCGCCCGUCCGGCGUCGGAGGGGGACACCCGCCGCCGCCCUUGCACCCGCUGCUGGGCCACCCGCCCCACGGCGGCCGAGGCGCCUGCGCUGCGUCGGGCGGGAAGGCAGGGGGCGCUCCGCGGGGCGGGGACUUCGCCUACGCCCACUUGGCCUGGCUGAUCUACGCCAUCGCCUUCACGCCCAAGGCGGCGCUCAUCCUGGGCACGUCCAUCCUGGAGCUGGUGGAGCUGCGCCUGCCGCUGGGCGCCACGGGCUUCCGGAUCACGCUGGCGCUCUCGGCCCCGCUCCUGUAUUGCCUCCUACGGGCCAUCGGCGCCGAGGGCGGCUCCGGCUCCGGCCAGCUCCUCUUGCCGCCCCAGCCGCCGCCGCAGCACCGCGCCGCCGCCGCCUUCCUGGCCACGUGCUUGGACCUGCUGGACAGCUUCACUCUCCUGGAGCUGCUGCUCCUGCAGCCCGGCCGGCCGGCCUUGCCGCUGCCGCCGCCGCUCCGCUACGUGCUCAUCGCCGUCUACUUCCUGUGCCUGGCCUCGCCGGUGCUGUGGCUGUACGAGCUGAGCGCCCCGCGGGCCCCCGGCGCCGCCCGCCUGGCCUUGCACUGGCUGCUGCCCGCCGGGCUCCUGGACGCGCCCCUGCUAGCGCUGCGCUGCCUCCUGCUGGUGCGCUACCAGCAGCCCCUCUCCAUCUUCAUGCUCAAGAACCUCUUCUUCCUGGCCUGCCGGGGCCUGGAGGCCCUGGAGACCUGCUGCCUCCUGCACUCCGCCGGCGGGCUGGCGGGCAACGGCAAGAACGCGCCAGCCCCCUCCGCCGGGGUCGGGGCCGGCCAGCUCAGCCACUGCAUCUCCGAGAACGACAUGGGGCCCCAUGGCUACGUCAACACAUUGGCCGUCACGGCGCAGAGCUGAGGGGGUCCGCGCCAAUGCCCCUCUGCAGUUACCCCACCUUGUAUUCCAUGCCAGUUCAGCUUAGGUACCCACCCCGCUGUAGUUACUUUCCCUUUUACAUGUCUCCGAUUUUCAGAUUGGCCCAGUCGCCCAAACCCCUCUUAGGAGACAGCAUUUGUGCAUCUGACCCAGCUCCCUACCUCAGGGCACUGUAACUUUCUGAGCAGUUGUCCUGAAUAACCUACCUAGUCUGACCCUUCCCUGGAAAGUUCAUUGCCCUUGGCAAACCUAGGUAAUCUGACCUGUACCUGCUUUAGUUCCUCCUGUCCACUUUUAUCUCUGCCAAUCUCAACCAGAUUAAGGCCCAUUUAAUUAGCCAAUGAUAUGGUCUCUUCUGCGAACUCAGUGGAGUAUUCAGUGGAGUAAUGCUAAUUUUUUGAGUGAAGCAGUGGCCAUUGGUUUAAACCAGCUGCACCCAUGAAAGUAUUGCCCUGGCAUGGUUCAAAGUUGUCUAAAAUAUGUGGUCCACUGCAUCACCCUAGUGGCUGUGAGGUGAGGUGGUGCCCAUAUAGUUUGGAGUCUUGACAGUAGCUACACCUCAAUGGUAAUGUGAAGCAGCCUAAUUUUCCCAUCCUAAUUAGUCAGGCUGUCUUCUGUGGCAAUAUCGGAGCUGCUCUUGCCUUAAAUCACUUCCCUUCAUGUACUACUUUAAUCAUUAAAACUUUUAAUAUUGUUAGAUAUUCUGUCACUACAGAGCAGCUAGACACACAUAAAUACACAACAUAAUGAAUGCUGCAGCACUAGUCAAACCACCUAUUGGGCCAAAACGAUGGCAGCAUCAUUUUUUAACCCUUUCCCCCAAGUUCUUACAAACUAUUCCAAAUCCUUUUCUUCCACCCCAUCCCCAUAACCCCCAAAUCAUUCCUAUUUAUUCUGUAUUCUAAUGACAACUUAAUGUGGUGUGGCUACAGACCCCUCGCCUCUUUUGCUUCUAUUUAUAGAAAUCAAGAUGGAAGAGGUCUGUUGUUUAACUGCCUAACUGCACAUUCCAGAUUAUAUAUUUCACAUCGGGUUCAUGAGCUGGUCUUAUCAAUAACAGAGAGAGGGGGAAAUCCAGUUUCUCGGUCUUGAUCAAGUUUUUGGUUUUUUGCUCUCUGACCUGUGGGUUUUUUCUCUUCUGAGGUGCCUCCUACCACCACUGCCUAUAGGAGAGCAGAGAGAGGGCAGCACCCACUUGGAAUGCCUGGAAAAACACAUUAUUGUAAGCUGUCCAGGUUCUUCAUAUCCUAUGUUGGGCUCCUUCUUCAUGCAGUGGAAAGCCACCCAGCCAUAAUGCCACUGCUGAACAAAGAGAGAGGAGCGCUAUUGCUGGUGCUAAGUUAGGCUUAGUUCUGCUCACAGGCUCUACCACUUCAAACUGCAGGAGGGAACUCACAUGAUCAGAUGCUUACUCAUUCAAAAUUUCCUUCCAUGUGGCAAGCUAGAGGUCAGCAUCAAGGGUUCUAGCCUACCUUCUUGACAAAUCCAAUUUUAUGUAUACAGCAAAUACAUAUGUAUAUAUGUGUGUGUAUGGUAGAACAUUUAGUAAUGUGCACUCCCACUUGCAGGCUGAGGUGGUACAGCCCAGAACAGCUUUGGCCAUUCAAAAAUCUGUGCCUCUCUUUAGCACAGUUGCUCAGGGUGCUAUAGGCAUGCUAGCUGCUCUAGGGCACCAUUUUACUGAACAAAAGAUGAAAACCAUUUUAAGGACAAAUAAAUCAGCAGGAGCUGCCUUUCUCAGGAAAGAGCGCCUGUUUCAUCUGCAGGUUCCUUUUAAAAUAUGGUGUCUCAGUGCAUUCAGCCACACCUGCGCCUUUGUGGGGCAAAUCGUAUUUUCAGCAUGACCAUGUGUUAUUUGUUUUAUUUUGCCCAUAGCAUUCCUCUGCUCUGGGACAAUGCAAAUUGGCUGGUGUGAUACUUGACAGUUCCCAAUGGCUUUCAUUUAGGAAGACUGACAUAGACAAGUCUUCCACAUGUUAGGCCUUGGAAUACAUGACUAUUCCUGCCCCCAAGGAAAAGGAAGUAAUUUUAACCCUCUUGUACAUUGUACAAAAAUUCACCACUCCCUCACUCUGGGGAUAAACUAAUUUCUGCCUUGGGGGUUUCUGGGAUUAGGGUGGUACCUGCAAUCUUUUAAGACGAAAGGAGCCAUCUUUCUCCUUGCUGAAAAUUUCUACCUCUGUGCUUGAACCUCAUUGCAUCAUGUGCCGACCUUGCACAUAAGGGAGUUAUGUCUGAUUCCCCCUCCCCCGAGGGGCCAAACUCUCUUCUUCAUUGAGACAUUUUACUCACCGGUGAUAACAGGGUCUUAUCAACAGCCUCUGCUUAUGGGGGCUCUCGUUUUCUAGCUCUUGGGAAUAGACCUGCACGAUUUUAAUAAUUGGUGCUCUGUUUUGAGGACAGCUUUCACUUGCUUAAUUAAGUAGGGACUUAAAUAAAGUGAAAAGGAGGAGGGAACUAUCCCAUCCUCUUAUUUCUAGAUAUUUAUUGGUGCUGCUUGUUAUGCACUAAAUAGUAAACUCAUUGACACGGAAUGGAAACAGGCAGAAAGGGGUCACAUUAUCAAUGGUCUUGUUGCCUGGCUAUCUUGGAAAGAUCCCCAAUCCUUUCCUUACAUGCCUAUGCUUCUUCUUUGUAUGUGGGCCCAUAAUUUUUUUGUGUGGGGAGGGGGAAAGGACAUAUAAUUUGAAAGCGACCUGUCCUGGUGGACGCCAGCUGCCUUUGGUCUUAAAAUCCCCAAGCUGCCUAGGUAGGAAAGAGAACAGAAUGCUAACAACCACUAGAUAAAACCUGUGGUAUGCGAUUGGGAGAUGUUUUUCUCCACUCAGUAACCACUCAUAGGCAGUCAAGUUACUGUGCUAUGGAGAAAUGAUACAAAAGCCAGAGGUGGUAAUAAAUAACCUGGUUCUCAUGCACUCUUAUAAUACUACAUUUAUAUACCCAGCCUUUUCUCUCUAUGGUUGCUUAUAGAACUGGGAUUUUCAUUGGGUGGUUAACUCCAUAGGAAGCUGCCUUAUACCGAGUCAUAAAGUUGGUCCAUCUAACUCUGUACUGUCUACACUGACUGGCAGUGGCUCUCCAUGAUUCAGGCAGGAGUCUCUCACAGCCCCACCUGAAUACUCCAGGAACUGAACGUGGGACUUUCUGCAUACAUAGAUGCUUCAGCCCUGGAGUUGCUUUGAGAUACCUGCUUACUGACCUCAAGCUAACCCAUUGCUGUUGCAGGAACGAGAACUAAGGUUUAACUUUUUCACCAGUGAUUUUAUCCUGUCCGGUCUCCAAAGCAGAUCUUCUGAAAGACUUUGUGUGGAAUUCGGGCCAGAGGCCUUCCCUUCAGUAACUCCUUUCUAUUUGUCUGGACAAUCUUGGUGCUGUGACUGUGAUUGUAAAACUUAAGUACUGUGGACUUUCCCUCUGAGCUCUAAGAUACUUUUAGUGGGGGUGCUAGUUUCCUGACAGAAAGAACAGGCGUGCAUACAAAUACUUCACUUCCUCCCAGAGAGAAUCUGCUACAAAACAGGCUGCUGUGCAGUAAUCAAAUGCUACAAGCCAUUACAGCUGUUAUUUGCAUUUAAAUAACACUGAAAUUCAAAAUUGCACAUUUAAGUAUAUUGUGGUUGCCAUAAAGUAGGUGGGCAAGAGCACCUACCAUUUGUAAAAACAGUUCAGUAACGGAACAGAUUUGUGUGGCACAAAUAUUGGUAAAAGGUAUAAGGAACCUUGGUGGUUUAGAGCAACAACAAGGUCUGACAGCUCUUGUAUGCCAUGAAAUCAAAACCAAUUCAGUUGUGAUUGUGUUGCAUUUACUGUACAUCAGUCCUAACCCAAUUUCAGUACUUUCAUCUCAAUCUGGAUAAGGAAUUAUAAACAUGGGAGAACAGGCUUCUGCACAGCAGUUCUAGUGUCAUGAGGAACUCUGCACACAAAUGGAAGUGAAAUGGUUACAAACCACACUACAUACAAGCUUAAGGAAGAAGUAUGCAAGUUCUGGCUCUGAAUCCCUCUAUUUAAAGAAGCUGUGAUAUUUAUUUUUGGGGGGCAAGCCCCUAAUGUAUGAAGACAGUGUCCCAAGGAGAAGAAAAUUAAAAGAGGCAGGCAGAAAACAAGGCAAGGAAACUUAGCAUCCCCACAAAUUUAGAGCUUUUUUAAAAAAUAAAACAAUUUGUUUUUAAAAUAAAAGCUAGGAACUGAUUUCAUUGUU